UUGUAGUGAAAAAGUGCUGUUUUCAAUCGAUUUUUGUAAAGAAAUUGUCGAUAGUUGAGCUUAUUCCAUUUAGAAUCGUACUAAAAUCUAUCCCGCGAUGAAUGUGAUCCGGGCUAUCCAACUAUAUGUGGAAAAAAUGGUGAACGAGGCAGGUCCCGGAAUGAAAAUGCUGAUGAUGGAUCGUGAAACCGUCAGCAUCGUGUCUAUGGCUUUUGCUCAGUCAGAAAUGCUCCAGAAGGAAGUUUAUCUGUUUGAGCGGAUUGACUCUGGUCGAUCGAAUGAACGUCUCAAGUACCUAAAAUGCAUCGUAUUUAUUCGACCGACUAGGGACAACGUGCUAAGAUUGCAAACUGAGCUCAAGUCUCCCAAGUAUGGUUCCUAUUUCAUCAAUUUUAGCAACAUCAUCCCGAGGACGGAAAUCAAAUCGUUAGCGGAAAGUGACGAAAGCGAAUCGGUUCGCGAAGUUAAGGAAACCUAUGCCGAUUAUUUGCCGGAGAAUCCUAAUCUGUUCUCUUUCAACAUUCCAACUUGCCUGCGCGCUCUGUCGUGGGAACCAGAAGCCCUGGAUCGAUCCGCCCAAGGGCUGAUCAGUGUUCUACUGUCGUUCAAAAUGCGACCAGCGAUUCGCUUUAAGGCCAGUUCCGCUGCAGCUCAGACGUUAGCUAAAAAGGUUCACGAAACGAUUAACAAAGAAACGGCGUUGUUCAGUUUCCGUCCACCGGAAGAUGGAUCUGCGCCCCCACUCCUACUGAUUUUGGAUCGUCGAGAUGACCCAAUCACGCCGCUACUCAACCAGUGGACCUAUCAGGCCAUGGUCCAUGAACUAUUGACUAUCAACAAACAGCGAGUUGAUUUAUCCGGUGCUCAGGGUGUUCCCAAGGAGCUGAAAGAAAUUGUACUUUCGUCAGAGCAGGAUGAAUUCUAUGCCGCAAAUUUAUAUUCCAAUUUUGGUGAGAUUGCAACCACAAUUAAGGGGUUAAUGGAUGAAUUCCAAAAGAAAGUUCAUGAUCAGAAAAAGAUCGAAAGCAUUAACGAUAUGAAAAACUUCGUGGAAACAUAUCCACAGUUUAAAAAAAUGAGCGGAACAGUCAAUAAACAUUUGGUUCUCAUCAGUGAAUUAUCUUUACAGGUCAGCAAGCAACAACUAUUUGAGAUUUCUGAGCUGGAACAGGAGAUCGCUUGCCGUGCGGAUCAUUCCACCCAACUGCAGCGGGUCAAAAGACUAGUUUCGGAUGAAAAAAUCAGCCUUCACAAUGCACUUCGCUUGAUUUUACUGUAUUCGAUGCGCUACGAACGGCACGCUAACUGUGGCACUUCCGGGUUGCUGAAAAUCCUGCAAGAUCGGGGAGGUCGAGCUCAUAUCGUUCCAAAAAUGCUCGAGUAUAUAAGCGCCAGUGCUCGUCAAGAGCUAUUCAAUCUGGUAAAAAUCACAGAUGCAGUCAAGUUGACACGUAAUUUAAUUAAGGGCCUCAAAGGAGUCGAAAAUGUUUACACUCAACAUAACUGCGUACUAAAGGAAACGAUAGAGGAAGUCCUUAAAGGACGUCCACUGGACUCGUCCUACCCGAUAAUGGGAAAUGAACUGCCCUACCGUAGGCCACCGCAGGAAGUGAUUGUUUUCAUCAUUGGAGGUGCAACCUACGAGGAAGCGCUAACCGUCCAUCGGUUCAACCAGGAGGGGUACAACGUUAUUCUGGGUGGAACGACCAUUCACAACGCGGAGAGCUUUAUCGAGGAAAUUACAGCGGCUACUGUAGGGGUUCCAUUCAAACAUUCGCGGUCACUGCAGCAAUUUCACAGCGCACCAACGGGAUCGGCUUAAAAAAGGGCAUGAAAUUGUAAGUAUUCAAUGUGUAUUUCAUGUGGGAUAUAAUUGCAUAAAUGAAAACAAGUUUCAUUAUUA